GCACCCAGGCGGCAAAUGGCAGGUAUGAGCGAGUUUCGUGGCUUUAGCGACAGGGAAAUAAAGACCCUACAACGGCAGAAGCAGCAGCAGACGAAACAGCAAGAAAUAAAACCAGGACAGGUGGCCUUCAGACCGGCCGAUUUUUCCCGGCCUCGAGCUAAAAUUACCCGGGGCGAGAAGAGUUAUGAUCACAGGGGAACUCCACCUGACGGUACUGCACUGCCGACAACAGCGUAUUUCGUCAAAGAAGCUCAGAAACCACCACUAGCCGCCAAAUCCGACCAAACAAGACCAAACGAGACCAAUACAGGCGAAGAGGAACCAGAGAAAGACCACAGAGGCGACCACCACCCUCCAUCAUCAGUUAGCACAGCAACACAGGAAUCCAUCACGGAGAGCAACUUACCAGAUCUUCAAAUGGAUAAUCAGUAUGUGCAAUAUAGCCUCAUUUGCUUGGCAUUUUUGCGCUGCAAAAUCAGCAUAGCCCACAAUAUGCACCCAAUGGCAUGUUGUAUGUUGAUUGAUAUUUUCCCCCUAUAGAGCUGUAGUUGAAACUAAUCUUGAGUUACUCCAGAGGCAACAGAAAGAGCUGGAACAGGAGAACAAGAAGAAAAAGGCUCUUUUGGAGCAGACACUACGAGAACGGUAUGCCCAGAGUCAGAUGGAGACCAAAAGCUCCAGGCAGUGAAAGGGGAACUGGCAAAGCUAGACAGUCUCCUAAACCGCGACGUAGCAAUACUCAGAGCCAAGAUCGAAGAUGCAGACCGGCAGUACACUGCCACUAGGAAACGCUACGACGCGGCCGAGACGGAAUUUGUAGCUGCUAAACUAGCACUGCACAAGGCAUCAGAGGCCAAGGAGCUACUGUCUGAACACCUGUGUGCCAUAAUCCAACAGAAUGAGCUGCGAAAGUCUGAAAAACUCGCUGAACUUUUGAAAACCCUCGAGCUGGAGAGCCAGUCAGAGGAAAACGCUACUACAAAAGAUCUUUCCGGACUGUUUCAGAAAACGCCGACGCCUGGGAUUAAUAUUUGGCCCCGCGAGAGACUGUGUUCAAAUGAGACUCAUUCUAACAAGAGUGAUGCAAGAACAAUCACUGGUGAUGAUGUAGCUGUCAGCGAUGAUGGUUCAGAAGAAAAGAAGGUUGGAUCUCAGGAGCCAGCAGGCCCUCCUGACUCUUGUCCAACUAGAGAUGAAUCAACUCCAAAGACUGCAGAGAACAGUGGACAUGACAAUAAUAUGCCUUUGAUACUGUUCUGACCAAUGAAAGUGUGUAUGUGG